AUGAACCGAAUUUAUUUUACAGUCUUGCUGGUUUUGAUUUUUUGUCAAAACGUCCGUGGCGCAUCUUCUCCGGCUGCCUAUUCAACGGCUUUAGAAUCUAGCCUAAGGACGGAACUGUUCUCAGGUUACGAGAGACUACAGAGACCUUCCAAAAAUGUCCCAGUGCACGUGACCUUUAUUGUCCUCACUGUUAACGAUCUGGACAUAAAAGACCAGUUCAUGUCUAUAACAGGCUAUUUUGAAUUGAAAUGGGAAGAUCAGCGACUUGCUUGGGACGAUACCACCUCCACAUCACAAGAUUAUUCGUCCGUGGAAUUUCUCUUUUCAACUGAGGAAUACGUCUGGAGGCCUUCCCUCGUAGUUGACAACACAAUCGACGACUUUUCUAUCAUCAACGAUAAACACAACCCAAUGCGAAUUAUAUCUGCUGGUUAUGUGUCAUGGAAUCCUGCUGGGAUAUAUACAAUCGCCUGUUCGUCUGACAUCACCUACUACCCAUUAGAUAUUCAAUCUUGUACACUCUCUUUGAGUUCAUGGGCUUACACAAGUUCUGAAAUCAGUCUCGUGAUCGACACCAUACUACCAAUUGAUUUCUCCUACUACUCAGAAAAUGGAGAAUGGGAGAUGGUCACGUCGUCGGCUUCUUCAGGUAUUGCCAUGCAACGGGGCGAUUAUUCAUUUUCCAAAGUGGAAUUCACACUAACAAUGCGGAGACGACCCCUCUUCCAUGUGUUGAACACGCUUUUCCCUGUUGCAAUGAUGUCUGUGCUUAGUGCUUUGGUGUUCAAACUUCCAGCUGACUCUGGAGAGAAGAUGGGAUUUUCCUUGACUGUCCUUCUGGCGUAUGCCGUUUAUCUGACGCUCAUUUCCGACAAUAUACCGAGUACUUCUUUAACGGCUUGCUACCUAUCUAUCUACCUUGCCAUGAUUCUGGUUUUCGGGACUAUGGCGGUUAUGUGCUCCAUUCUCGUUCUUAACGUUUACUUUCGCCCAGAAGAAAUGGAAAUCCCUAAAGCAUGGAGGUUGGCUACUAAAAUAAUGGCGGUUAUAGUGAGGUGGGAACAGCCUUGUAUUCCCAAGUGUUGUAAAACCAAACAUAACCGGAGUGAAGAGAAAGGAAACAAAGUUGGAUCCUUGCCAUCGCAGAAAGUCCCUAUUUCUACUGAUAAUGAUAUCACAACAAAUCAACAAGAAAUGGAUAUAGACGAUGUCGGAAAGGACUGUUUUGAAAUUAGCUGGAAGAUCAUAAGCUGCAUUCUGGAUAAUUUUUUCUUUAUUCUCUUCAUUUUUGCGAUUGCUAUUUCUACCAUAGUGUUCUUCAGUCUCAUAUUCUCAAACUUUAACACAGAGUGA